AUGCCAAGCACGGAAACCAAAUCUGAUCCGACGCCAAAUGGCGAUGAGGAGAUGAAUAUAUCCAACUCACCAAUACAAAUCAAAACCGAAAAUAGUGGAAAUGAAAAUGAAAAUGAAUAUGAAUAUGAAAAUGAAAACAAGGAAGACCUAUUCACGGUGGAUAACGUUUUACCUGGAUGUAAAGUAUACGCAAGGAAAGAUGGCGAAGAACGGUUAGCAGAGAUUCUACAAGAGCAUAUGAAGAAGGGGAGAAAGGUGUUUUAUGUCCAUUAUCAAGAUUUCAACAAACGGUUGGAUGAAUGGAUCGAGAUUGAUCGAAUCAAUUUCAAAAAACCCUUGGUACUACCUGAAGUCAAAGUUGAUGAAAAGAAGGAAAGUAAGCAAAAGCAAAAGAAAAAGACCAAACUGAAGGCAUCGAAAUCGCAGGCUGGAACUAGUGCUUCUACUCCAAGAGAGGAAACUCCACAGAUGAACGAUGAUGAAAUGGACUUGGAAAAUCUCAAUGUCCAGGGUUUGAAAAGACCAGGAGAGGAAGUUAGUCGAGAAGAAGAGAUUAAAAAGCUUCGUUCAGGUGGGUCCAUGACUCAAAACCAUUCGGAAGUGGCGAGGGUUAGAAACUUAUCCACAGUGAUACUUGGUGAACAUAUCAUUGAACCAUGGUACUUUUCACCAUACCCGAUUGAAUUGACUGAAGAAGAUGCAAUCUAUGUAUGCGAUUUCACGUUAUCAUAUUUCGGUUCCAAAAAGCAGUUUGAGAGAUUUAGAUCAAAAUGUUCAAUGAAGCAUCCUCCAGGCAAUGAAAUUUAUCGAGAUUCAAAGGUGAGUUUUUGGGAAAUCGAUGGUCGUAAACAGCGAACUUGGUGUCGGAACCUUUGUUUACUUUGUAAACUAUUCUUGGACCACAAGACUUUGUAUUAUGAUGUUGAUCCAUUUUUGUUUUAUGUCAUGACAAUCAAAUCGGAACAAGGACAUCACGUUGUGGGGUUUUUUUCAAAGGAGAAAGAAAGUGCUGAUGGGUACAAUGUGGCAUGUAUUUUGACGCUUCCUUGUUAUCAAAAGAGAGGAUUUGGUAAAUUGUUGAUUCAAUUCUCGUACAUGUUGUCUGCAGUUGAGAAGAAGGUAGGGUCACCUGAAAAACCGUUAUCGGAUUUGGGCCUAUUGUCUUAUCGAGCUUAUUGGACUGAUACAUUGGUAAAACUACUAGUUGAAAGAAACAACCCGACCCUAUUUAGAAGAAAUAACCCACAUCCAGUCGACGACGAUGAUUAUAAGGGGUCGGCGGCACCUACACCUACACCACCACCGCCACCACCAUCAUCAUCUUCAGCCUCAUCACGAAAUGGUACCUCAACUAACGAAAUCACCAUUGAGGAUAUAUCAGCAAUAACAUGCAUGACAACUACGGACAUACUACAUACAUUGACUACGUUGAAAAUGCUACGAUAUUACAAGGGGCAACAUAUAAUUGUCCUUACUGAUCAAAUAAUGGCCAUGUAUGACAAACUAGUUAAAAAAGUGAAGGAGAAAAAGAAACAUGAAUUGAAUCCUAAACUACUAAGUUGGACACCACCACUGUUUACUGCAAGUCAACUACGCUUUGGGUGGUAG